AUGCACACAGCGCCUGGUUUCAACAGCCAUAUGGGAGUUCAAGGACACUUGUUCCAUGUCCCCAGUGUCUGCCCAGUGGAGACAGAUGGCAAAAGCAGGAAGACCGUCCCUGUCCUGUCAACAACUGGCAUGGGUGACAGGCGCAGCAUGUGCAUGGUUCAGCGCAAGAUUCAGGAUUCAAGAUUUGGAAGAAGGGUCCAGCUCCUGUUGCAGUGCCUCGGGCAACUGGCAGCUGUUGUUGGGUGUAUGGAUGUUUUCUCGGAUGUUGCCCUUCCAGCCCACCGAUCAACAGGAAUGGACAACAAGACACAUGGGUGGCUGUAA